GUUUUGUGAAAAAUCCCUCCGGAAGCUCACAGGAAUAUUUGAAACAAGAAGACAGAUAAGAAGACGGUCUGUGAGAAAAUAUAUAACAUUCAGUACAGCAAAGCCAACAGCACUGCAGCACCAAAUUUACUUCCCCAACAGCAGAGAAGUUCACUGGAUGAGAGUCAGAAAGUGUAUAUAUUGGCCAGAAAUUGAAGAGGCAGAUUCUUGAACCAUGGGAGGCUGCUUCAGGAGAAAACAAGGUCUGUAUCUUUUCCUUUUCCUUUGUCUUCCUGGAGCAUUGUGUGUUUCAAGUCAUUACUCUGUGCCUGAAGAAAAGAAAACUGGGUCUUUGGUGGCAAAUGUGCUGCAGGAUUUGAAACUGGGAACAGGGGAGCUGUCUGUUCGCAGAGCCCAGCUAGUGUCCAAAAGCGCUAAGCAAUAUUUCCACCUUGAUACUCACUCUGGGGAUCUGUUGAUAAGCGAAAAAAUAGACCGAGAAGCUUUGUGUGACCAGACUGAUCCUUGCUUACUUCUCUCACAAAUUGUGCUGGAAAACCCAUUAGAGCUCUACAGUAUUGUAGUCAAGAUAGAAGAUGUGAAUGACAAUGUUCCCAAAUUCUCUACAAAGGAAUUUGAUCUGGAAAUUCCUGAGAAUGUCUCUCCAAAUACACAUUUCCCGUUGGAAUCUGCCCAAGAUGAGGACCUAGGAAUGAAUAACAUCCAAAACUACACACUCAGUCACAAUGAGCAUUUCCGCCUCGAUGUUAAAAGUGAUGAGGAUGGAAACAAGCAUGUGGAUAUUGUCCUGGAGAAACCUCUGGACAGGGAGAAGGAGCCACACUUUGGACUGACUCUCAUGGCUGUGGAUGGAGGGGAGCCACAGAGAACAGGCACAGUUCGAAUAAAUAUUCAUGUUCUGGACAUCAAUGAUAAUUCCCCACAGUUUACUCACUCUGAAUAUAAAGCUAGGUUAAAAGAAAACAGCCCACAGGGUACUCUGGUCUCCAAAGUGGAAGCUACAGAUUUGGAUUUUGGCUCAAAUGCACAGAUCACCUACUCAUUCCACAGGGUGCCAGAAAAAAUAUACAAAUUGUUCGACCUAAAUGAAAUCACAGGGGAAAUCACUAUUUUAGGUCAAGUUGAUUAUGAAAAAGAAACCAGAUAUGACAUGAAAAUUAGAGCAACAGAUGGAGGGGGCCGUUCAGGGCACUGCAAGGUCCUGGUAGAGAUUGAGGAUGUGAAUGACAAUGCCCCUGAAGUGUCCGUCAUAUCCAUCACUAGUCCUUUGGCAGAGGAUUCUCCCCUGGAGACACUUGUGGCUCUCUUCAGUGUCACAGACCGAGACUCCGGAGACAAUGGCAGAACCAUGUGCUCUGUGGAGACAAACCUUCCCUUUGUCUUAAAACCCACAAUGGAUAACUAUUACCAGCUUGUGGUCCAAAGUCCCUUGGACAGAGAGAAGGUCUCAGAGUACAAUGUCACCAUCACAGUGGUUGACCAGGGCUCUCCCAGGCUCACUUCAACUAGAAUUAUUAACAUUCAGAUCUCAGAUAUCAAUGACAACCCUCCAGUAUUUGAAAAGUCUUCGUAUGAAAUGCAGAUACGGGAAAACAAUAUUCCAGGUCUGCUCAUUGGCUCAGUCCGUGCUGCUGAUCUGGACACUGAGAAGAAUGCCAAGGUCACCUACUCCCUUUUGCCUGGGAAGGUCACUGAUGGCCUUGUGGCCUCUUACAUCUCAGUCAACUCUGAAAGCGGAAAUCUGUAUGCCCUCCGAUCUCUGGAUUACGAGCAGAUCAAAGAUUUCAAAGUGACGGUGAGGGCUACAGAUGGAGGGUCUCCUCCCCUCAGCUCAGAAGUUACUGUCCGAGUCGUAAUCAUAGACGAAAACGACAACGCUCCCUUCUUCCUCUACCCUCUUCAGAACAGCACAUCCCCCUGCAAUGAGCUGGUCUCCAAGUCGGUGGAGGCCGGCUACCUGGUCACCAAGGUGGUGGCUGUGGAUGGAGAUUCUGGCCAGAACUCGUGGCUUUCCUAUGAGCUGCUGAAGGCCACAGACCCUGGUCUUUUCAGCAUAGGAGCCCAGAAUGGGGAAGUGAGAACCAGGAGAGCCCUGACCGAGCGAGACACCAGCAAGCAGAGACUCAUGAUAGUGGUGAGGGACAACGGGCUCCCUCCCCAGAGCAGCACUGCCAUGCUCCAUGUCCUUCCCGUGGGUGGCUUUUCGGAUCCUUAUAUGAAGGCUGUGGAGGUCAGUAAAGAGGAACACGAAGAAGAUGGGACCUUGACCUUGUAUUUGGUGAUCUGCCUGGCUGCAGUCUCCUUUGUGUUCCUUAUCUGCAUUGUUUCCUUUGCUGCUCUCAAGAUCUGCAGGAGGGAUCCCAGGGAAAGUUUUAUCGCUGCCCCUCCUCACUUCCCAUCUGCCAGACCCGACAUCCCAGAGAACGGUGGCGAUUCUCAGAGCGGGUCGCUUUCCAGGAGUUACCACUAUGAUGUUUGCUUAACCGGUGGGUCCUUGAGCAGCGAGUUCAGGUUCCUCAGGCCCCUCAUUCCUGUUUUUUCUGUGGGGGGCCCAAACCUCAAUGUGAACCAGUCCAUUCCUGCUUCCCAAGAUAUUCCUGAUGCUUUGGAGAGCAGAAAGCCAAUGGAACAGGUGAGAGAUUAG